AUGACUGGUGUCAACUUCCAGUUUACCAGAGGUAAGAGAAACAAGGCCAACAGAACCCGCUCGCCAGCUACCGAGCGUGUAUUGACCCAGUUGAAGAUGAUUUCGCAGCGUCGUAAACAGCCUAAGUUGCUCCAGGUGUGCCAGGAAGACCAUAUCCGUCAUGAAACCAUCACCACUGCGUUCAAGUUGUACCGCCAGGAAAUCAACGCCAACAGAGCCAAGCUCUUGCUGAAGCAGUACGAGUCUAUCAAGUACGCCAUGGAAGACUUGGAGCAGAUCAACUCCUACUUAUUCCACGAAGCAAAUACCAACCAGAAGGGCAAGAGAUUCGACUUGGAAAUGAGAAUUCCAACCGAGUAUCCACCAAAUCAAAUCUGGUUACACGACUACACUCCAGCUGAAGUCGCUGAAAAAAAAUAA